GACAUAUCCUGUGGUGAAUUCAAUGUGCCUGGUCAGCUCGACAGUGCGCUCAUUCGACGAGAUCAGGUUUCUUCAACUUACGGCUUGGAUGAUCACUUCUUUGAACCCUCCGAUACCCGGGCAGACACCCCGGAUGCUCCGCAGAUUUCAAAUAGGAGGCUCAAGUAUAAAUCCUGCGACUCUCCGCAGUGAAUCGUAUUAACAAAAAACGCAUUUUGAACUUUGCACCUCUCACCGAAAUCCCUCAAUGGAAAACAACCGAACGUCUGGACAGAAUCUCAAGAAAGAAGUGGACAUCAAAAACAUCGUCGGUGACGGUGACAAGCGGAUCUCGAAGCCGAACCCGGCGACCAUCUCCUCGGAUUUGAGCGCGACGGUCUUGCAGGGCGACUUCGUUUACUUUCUGCGUGCUGUGAUCGGUAACAAGCUCGACAAGCUCGUGAAGAUCCGGCUCCAGCGUGGGGGGUGGGAGAAGUGGUUCCAGGUCGAGCUCUGCCUGCUCAUCAACCAUUUCCACGACCGGAACAACGUCCAUGCGGUGUACUCCGCCGAGCGCGAGGAGCAGGUCUUCCCGGGGACCAGGAAGUCCGUGGAUGUCUCAAUCUCCGAGGGUGGCAAGUACACGCAUGUUCUCGAGCUCAAGUGCGGGAGGAACAAUCAGUCCGCCAACGACCUUGCCCAGGACAUUUGGGAUGACUGGGAAAAGGUCGGCGCGAUCACUGGGAACGGGAAUGGUCCGCUUCAGCCGAAGCUCGCUGCGGCCUCCCGUGUGGCCGUGUGUGUGUCGAUUGACAAGCCGCCCCCCCUGGAUGGAAAUUGGACCUGCUACACCGUCGAUGGGGCAGAGCAGGGCGUGCCUCACAAAGCCUACAUUCACUUGCGCUACUUGACCAGAUACUGAGGAAUACCAAUGGCUGUUCCCAACCUUUGAAUCAAUUAUCGCCGUCAUGUUGCGCACGCACGAGCAAGAUCUGAGAAACUGAACGGAAACCAUCUGAGUAGCAGCUUGGGUUCGCAGGACCACCACCUGAAAAGGCAACUUAUCGUCCCUAGCGAGCAGAAUGCACUUCCAUGUGGGGAAAGUCGUAAAAAUUAGAACAUGAUAACUUGUGCUCUCCGUUUUUUGUGCUGAGCUCAUCUUCUUGGGUAGUUUCCUCGCACCGACCGUCACUCAUGAUAAUGUAUCAUAUUGUCACGCCUUAUCGAAUCACCGGCAGGAUUUGAUAUUGCC